AUGGGCGUCCAGAGUCUCACGACGUACGUGCGAAAGCAGAACCUCGGUGUCUACGAGACGCACCCGAACCCUCAGGACACCUCGCCCAUCCCUCUGAUCGUCGACGGACUCGCUUUCGCGUACCAUGUCGGUCUAGUCGACACGUUCGAGGGAGGAGGGAAUCUGAGGAUCAAGGCGAACGUGCGGAGAUACGUCGAGUACUGGCGGGUGUGCGGACUCGAGCCGGAGUUCGUUUGGGACGGCCCCUUCGACACGUCCAAACUCCCGACCGUCAUACACCGCUCGACGCAGUCCCUUCAGCGCUCGCUGAAGUGGAUGAGCCUACCCGACUACCUCCGCGCCGACUACGCCUACGCGCAGAAAGCUACUCGGCUACCACCCCUCACACAUAUGGCGAUCUCAGCGGAGCUGGAAGCGCUGGGCGUCCCGAGCUAUUGUGCGGAGGAGGAGGCGGAUUCGCCGACUGCGGAGCUUGCGAACCGCAAGAACGGGUUUGUGCUGUCAAACGACUCGGACUACUUUAUCUACCCGACGCAAUGUCGGGGCUACGUCCCGCUCAAUUCGGUCGAGUACGGCCCAUUCAACGACCCUCGACUCGAAAAAGUACCGCCGAGUACGCCACCUCGCAUUCGAUUCCGCGUCUUCCAACCCGCCCUCAUCGCCCGCUCCUUCUCUGUCCCGCCCGCCUUCCUUCCCAUCCUCGCCGCCCUGAUCGGCAACGACAUGCACAACUACGCCGCCUCCUUCUCGCAGAACCGUAAGUUCGCCGACUACACCGGCUACAUCGACCCGCGCGAGUUGCUGCGGAUAGCCGGCAUCCUCUCGAUGUGCGCUGGGAUGCCUGUCGAGACGCUCGCGCAGAUUCAGGAUGUCGUCCUCGCCGUCCUCCCUCGCCUCCUUCAACGACCUGUCCACGACCCGAACAUUAUUGCCAACAUCGCCGCAUCGGCCUACUCGUACGCCCUCCGCCCGCUUGAAGCGCCCUCGCCUACCUACCCUCUCCAUCCUCGCCCGACCGACACCCUCGAACAAGCCAAAGCGCGAGCGAUCUAUGACGCCGCCUACAAGUCGUCUCGCCUCUCGUCCUUCGUCCUUCACGUCCUCAAGCACGGCGUCGUCAUGCUCCAGGGCAUGGUCGAGAUGCCCGAGCAUCAGUCGCCGAUGGUCUCGCUCGCUCGCCCUAUCCGGCUGUGGAUCUACGCGAUUGUGCAUGAGAUGGUCGGAGUCGAGCGGCCGACCGUCGUCGAGUACGCGCGGAGCGGGUUCGAGCUUUACCCAACCGAGGUUGCCGUCCCCAGCCUGCGCGACCUUGCUGCUGCGUCGGAAUGGGACGCGCUUCCCGACAUCCUCACGCGGCAACCGCUUGUCGAGCAGGACAAGCUCAUUCGCAAGACGAUCGCCUACGCCGCGCUCCGCUAUCCGAAGGGAAACAUCUCCAGCUUUGACGGCUGCGCAAUGAUCGGCCGUUACACCAUGCUCAUCGUCUCGAUCAACUGGAUCCUUCGCUUGCACCGACGACCCUUCACGAAGCACGAGGUCAACUGCGCUGUCCUCGUCGCCGCCCUGAUCCGCCACGAACCCUCUCGACUCGCUGCUCUCGCCCCUCUCGCCCCUCGUCCUCCGCUCAAACCGUUCAUCCAGCGCUCCGUCGAGCUGAUUUCGACCCUCGUCACCGUCAACAUCCUCUUCCAAGUCCUCCUUCUCCAUCCAGACGGCGUCCACGACUCGCCCUGCGCGCCGCACGAGCUCUUCGACGGGAAGGCGUUCCAUGCGCUGCUCGCCAUGUCGGAGAGCGAGUUUGGCCAGACGCUCAAGGCGAGCGACGAGACGACGCUGCUGGCGUUUGCGAAGGUUGUUGCGGCGUGUUGGGGCGGAAUCGCCGAGAUCGAGGCGCAGACAUUCUUGACACAGCAGCCGUUGGCGGUGCGGUAG